AGCGCAUCCUCGUACAAGCCGCAUAAAUGCAGAGGAAAGCGAGCAGAGGCAUUUCGAGGUCCCGCCCAACAGACUCCCUCCAUCGUGGUCCCGCCCCCACCCCAUGCCGCCGCCGGGUUCCGCCCCCACGGUGCCCAGUGAAGCCGGAGGGACGGGGUCCAAUCGCUGUCGGCUGCGCGGAAACUGGGACUUCUCCCCAGGGUCGUGGAGGACUCGGCCGCCGACCCUCCCACCGCCUCACGCCUCGGAGACCGUGUCCAGAGCCCUCAGCCGCUUCCGAGCCCCGAGAGGGGAAUCAGAAGUGCGCGUGAGCAGAGCGGCACCCCCUUCACAGGAAUCGCAGCUGAACCUGUGGUUUCCCCUGCACCAGCCUUUGCGACCAGGUGGGGCUUCAGGUGCGGCUUCGCCACGUGGAGGCAGGAAGACUCGACCAGAAGACCAUGUAGCACCAAAAAGAUAGCUGCAAAGCGGAAUAAAGUUGGGGAAAACAAUCUGCUGGCCAGAAGAGAGUAAGAUGCAGGAGGAUGAUUGCUGGUUCUCCGCAGCAGGAGUCAGGGAGGCCAUGAGAUGGAAGAGCCACCCCACAAUGGGAAGAACCUGGAGACAAGGUUCUCCCUGUCUAUGCCCAAGAAAAGCCACCCUUCAGGAGAGAGUUUCUGACUUUCAUGAACUUGGGGAACAUUCUAAACCUAUUCAAAAUUUGCUUACUCACUGAGAGGUCUCACAAGUAAGCACGUUGUCCAUAAAUGAGACUCGCAUGUUGAAUAUUUACACAGAAUUCAGUUUUUGUUUAGAUGACUAUCAGAAUAAAAUAUCAGUGUAUGAGAAGCCUUAUGAAUGUCAUGACUAUAAUGGAACCUAUGGCAAAGCAUUCAUCGUACUCAAUUUGAAGGAAUUCAGACAAGGCAGAAGCAGUCUAGGUGCUCUGAAAAUGACAGUAAUUUUUUUUUUUUUUGCGACAGAGUCUCGCGUCUUGCUCUGUCACCCAGGCUGGGUUGCAGUGGCAUGAUCUUGGCUCCUGCAAUCUUCUCCUCCCGGGUUCAAGCGAUUCUCCCACAUCAGCCUCCCAAGUAGCUGGGAUUACAGGCAUAUACCACCACGCCCAGCUAAUCUUUGCAUUUUUAGUAGAGAUGAGGUUUCACCAUGUUGGCCAUGCUGGUCUCAAACUCCUGACCACAACUGAUCCGCCCACUUCGGCCUCCAAAUGUGCUGGGAUUAUAGGCAUGAGCCACCACACCCAACCUAAAUGGCAGCAGCUUCUAAUGUAGCAGUGCACUUGCUUUCUUGUCAAGACAGACUUUCCAUGGGGGAGAAUCCCUAUGAGUGCAAUAAGAGUGACAAAGUCUUCAGUUGAUUAGUUAUCCCUUAAUUGACAGGCACUGACUCAACGUGGUGAGAAGCCACAUGUACAUAAUCCAUGUGGAAAAACCAGGCCUGGAGCGGUGGCUCACGUCUGUAAUCCCAACACUUUGAAGACUGAUUACAAACUGGGAGGUUGAGGUAGGAGAAUCCCUUGAGCCCAGGAGUUCAAGACCAACCUGGCCAAUAUAGUGCAACCGCUAUCUCCACAAAAAAUUAGCCUGCUGUGGUGUCACGAGCCUGUAGUCCCACCUACUGGAGGAAUUGAGGCCAGAGGGUCGCUUUAGCCCAGGGGUUGGAGGCUGCAGUGGUGAGGGUCUCGGUGAGGGGGAGAUGGGGGCGGGCACCCGGUGAGGGACAGACGGGGGCGGGAGCCGUGAUUGCGCCACUCACUCCAGCCUGGGCAACAGAGGGAGAUCCUGACCUUAAAAAAACCCUCUUCACUAUUAUUUUUGGUAUAAAAUAAAAAAUUAUUUAAAAAUUGUAUUAGGAAAUAAAAAUAUUAGUGAAAAGGGAUGUAUCAGUUAUCUACUGCUGUAUAACAAACCACCCGGAAACAGCGCAUACUCGUACGUGGCGGCAUAAACGCAGAGGAAAGCGAGCAGAGGCAUUUCGAGGUCCAGCCCAACCGACUCCCUCCAUCAUGGUCCAGCCCCCGAUACCUCCUCCCGCCGGGUUCCGCCCCC